CGGGAAGAGGCCUCAUGGUUCAUGUCCGGAAUUUUACAUAUAAAAUUUUACUUAAAAUCACCCUGCUCAGUUCAGUAGGCGCUCAUCUAUAACGAGCUCGCACAUCAAAUGCUCGUUGUUCCUAAUGGAAGAUGGAGUCUCAAAAUAAGAUAGAAAUAAAUCAAAAUUGCAGCAGUGAAGGAAGAAAAGGUGGGAAAAAGUAGAGAUGGCGAAGAGAAUUGAUAUGGCCUAGGGUGUUAGUUGGGAAAAAGUAAGUUUAAUAAGGUUAUUUUUGUCGAAAAAAGGCAGGAACGAGAAGAGAACACUGAGAUCAGAGAAAGAGGGCUAUGGCUUCCUUUAGCGUCCCUCCGGUGCUAACUUCCCCUCGUGACGAUGCUAUGCAUCUUUAUAAAGCUUUCAAGGGUUUUGGGUGCGACACUACAGCGGUUAUCAAUAUCCUCGCACAUAGGGAUGCUUCACAGCGUGGUCUUAUCCAGCAGGAGUAUAGAGCUAUGUACUCUGAGGAGCUCCACAAGCGCUUGUCUUCCGAGCUUAGUGGUGAUGUUAAGAGAGCAGUUUUACUUUGGGUGGCUGACCCGGCAGGACGAGAUGCAACCAUAAUCAAGCAGAGUUUGCAUGAAGCCAAAGAUCUCAAGGCCGCGACCGAAGUGAUAUGUUCACGGAUUCCAUCUCAGCUUCAAUACCUUAAACAAGUCUAUCACUCAAUGUUUGGCCUUUACCUUGAGCAUGAUAUUGAAAACCAUAUGACUGGGGAUCACAAAAAGUUGGUACUAGCAUACGUGAGCGCCCCUCGAUAUGAUGGCCCAGAAGUUGACCCAGCUGCAGUGCAACAUGAUGCUAAAACUCUUUAUAAGGCAGGUGAAAAAAGGCUUGGGACUGAUGAGAAGAAAUUCAUACAGAUAUUCUCUGAAAGAAGCAGGGCACAUUUGGCUGCAGUCAUAUCUGCUUAUCAUGUCUUGUGUGAUCACUCAUUGAAAAAGGCGGUUAAAAGUGAAACCUCAGGGCUUUUUGAGUUUGCCCUCUUGACUAUUUUACAGUGUGCUCAGAAUCCGGCAAAAUACUUUGCUAAGACAUUGCGAAAGGCAAUGAAAGGAAUGGGGACAGAUGAUACCACACUUGUGAGGGUAAUUGUGACACGAGCUGAGGUCGACUUGCUGUAUAUCAAAGCAGAAUACCACAAGAAAUACAAGAAAUCUUUGCAUGAUGCGAUUCAUUCAGAAACUUCUGGCCACUAUCGUGCAUUUCUUCUCUUGCUUUUAGGUCCCCCCAAUCAUUAGCAGAACUUCUUGCAUGACACUGUGCCCACGCUUCUACUAAGGUUUUAUUAUGUAUAAUAAUCAGACACACAUGGCACUGCCUACAUUGUAUCUUAUUACUGAAAAUGCAUGUCUGCCAAAUUAUUAAGUUGCGGAUCAAACAUGUCUGUGCGAAGAAAUAGACAUAGGCCUAGAUCUGUCUGUUACACCAACCUAUGUCUCAUUCAUUUGCCCAUAACAUAGACAUAGACAUAUGUUGCCAAAUUACACUUCUCUGUGCUGGAUAUUAUUCACACAUACAUGUUUUAUCCGUGACUAGUUUUGGAGACAUUGUUUGUAUGGAAGGGUGUACAAAAUACAGCAUUUUUUAUCCUAAAAAAGCGUUCAUUACGAAAUAAAAGAAUGUUUCAAAAUAGUGUUGCUUAUAUUUUAUGGGCAUGCCAAUUGUUGUCGUUGCCAA